UUUUCUUGAUGAACACCCAAAAUCCUGGAAACCCUAAUCGCCUUUCCAAGUGGAGCGUCUUUCCACUAGAGCAGAAACCACAGAGGCCUUAAACCUAAUCUUGCUUCUGCCUCUUCCGUGUUGCUCUCUGUUGCACCGAGGCAGGAAAGCUUGGAGAAGAAAGAAUAGAGGGGUGGUCUUGAGGGAGGGAAGAAGAUAAGACAGAGCAGAGAAGUGAGGAGUGAUUUUGGAGGUCUUCUUCUGAGAAGUGUGGACGGCUUUCACUUUGGAUGAGAGAGGAAGCAAAAUACUGAAGCCGAGAGAGGAAAGAUGAAAGCAGCAGAAGAAAUGGAGUGAACUUGACUGAGCUGAUAAGAGAAAUUUCACAACCGAAGGAAAGAAUCGAGAUAGAAAAAAGAAAGAAAGAGAGCAUAAGGAGGCUUCGUAGGGAAGCUUUUGGCGUCAAGAGACGGGAGGAAGGUGGUUUGAAACGGAGGCACGGAGCGCGAAACAAGAGUUUGAUUUGAAAGUGCAAGAUAGGGAAGGAGAGAGAAAAACCGGAAGAAAUUGAGAAGGAGAAUGAAGAUGUUUUUUUUUUUUUGUUUUGGAAGGACAUUAGGGGUUUUUGGAGAGAAAUUUAUUUUGCAAAUUUCUAGGUUCUAGCAAGAGUGCCCAGAUAGUAGAGGCAGGGUUUGAAAGGGAAAUUGAGGCAGGGUUUAGAAAGAAAAGGGCACAAAGAGGAUCAUUGGAGUCGGCUAGGGAGGAGUAACUUCAGUCAGGAGACAUGAGGAGCUGGUGGGACAGACUCACACUUGGGACUUCUCUUGUUGAGCAGUAAGGUGGUGAACAUGUCAAGUUGGUUUAGUAGCAUAAGCAGAGAUUGAAUUCAAUUGGAUGGAUAUAGUUGAAUCCAUACUUGACAUUCCUGUGCAAGAUCCAGCAGUGGAGGACUUCUCUUCUGCCGAUUUAGUUUGGACCAAGUUUGGAACAGCUGAGCACCAUGACGAUGUAGCACUCAUUCCUUAUGCACGGGCAGAUGAAUUUAUAAUUGGAGAAUGCUCGAAUGUAGAAUGCCCAACAAGGUUCCAUAUUGAGAGGGGAAGAAAACGAUUAAGGGGAAGCUUGAAGGAGUACAAGGAUGAUGAAUAUUUGGAAUACAGACUGUAUUGGUGUUCAUUUGGUCCUGAAAACUAUGGCGAAGGUGGUGACAUACUACCAAGUCGAAGGUAUCGACUUAACACCCGAAAUCGGGCUGCUAGGCCUCAAUCAAUGCGUGGAUGUACAUGUCUUGCCGUGAAGCGCUUGUAUGCUCGUCCAUCUCUUGCACUUAUUAUAUACAAUGAAAGGCGGCAUGUAAACAAAUCUGGUUUGUGCUGCCAUGGGCCACUUGAAAAAGAUGCUAUUGGUCCUGGUGCCAAGAAAAUUCCAUAUAUAUGUAAUGAGAUUCAACAGCAAACGAUGUCCAUGAUCUAUCUUGGCAUUCCUGAAGAAAAUGUGUUGGAGAAACACAUUGAGGGUAUUCAACGAUAUUGUGGUUCAAAUGCCAAAGUCAAUACCCUUGCCUCCCAGUAUGUCCACAAACUUGGAAUGAUAAUCAAACGGUCCACGCAUGAGUUAGAUUUAGAUGAUCAAGCUAGCAUUCGGAUGUGGGUUGAAAGAAAUAAAAAGUACAUUUUCUUUUAUCAGGAUUCUUCAGAAUCGGACCCAUUCAUUCUGGGGAUUCAAACAGAAUGGCAGUUGCAACAAAUGCUCCGUUUUGGCCAUCGUAGUCUUAUUGCAGCUGAUUCAACAUUUGGCAUAAAAAGGCUGAAGUAUCCUCUGUGUACACUUCUCGUCUUUGAUUCUAGACAACAUGCACUUCCUGUUGCAUGGGUUAUCACUCGUAGCUUUGCAAAGCCUGAUGUUGCCAAAUGGAUGAGAGCACUUCUUGAGCGUGCUCGGAGCACAGAGCCUGGAUGGAAGAUCAGUGGUUUCCUUAUUGAUGAUGCAGCAGCAGAGAUUGAUCCCAUAAGGGAUAUAUUUGGUUGUCCUGUCCUGUUUUCAUUCUGGCGUGUUCGCAGAUCAUGGCUUAGGAAUGUUAUUAAAAGGUGCAGUAAUAUUGAGGUUCAACGAGAAAUUUUUAAACGUUUAGGAGAAAUAGUUCACAGCAUUUGGGAUGGAGUUGAUACAUCAAUCCUCUUAGAAAGAUUUACUCAGGAUUUUGUUGAUCAAACUGCCUUCAUACAGUAUUUCAAGGCCUCUUGGUUGCCUAAGAUUGAAAUGUGGCUUUCAACAAUGAGAGUUCUUCCACUUGCAAGCCAGGAAGCAUCUGGUGCAAUAGAAGCUUAUCACGUAAAGCUGAAAGCCAAAUUGUUUGAUGAUUCACAUCUUGGUGCCCUCCAGAGAGUUGAUUGGUUAGUACACAAGUUAACAACUGAGUUGCAUUCAAGCUACUGGCUUGAUCGAUAUGCAGAUGAAAGUGAUUCUUUCCAAAAUGUUAAGUUGGAAUAUAUUGCUUCAACUUCAUGGCAUCGAGCAUUGCAAAUUCCAGAUUCUGCUGUCACAUUUGAUGAAAAAGAGCACCUCUUUGCCAAGGUUUUGAGCAGGAAAGAUGGCAGCUUGACGCAUUUAGUAUGGAAUCCUGGAUCUGAGUUUUCCUUUUGUGAUUGUUCAUGGUCAAUGCAAGGAAACCUUUGCAAGCAUGUCAUCAAGGUCAACAUGUGUGAAAAUCGGGAAGAAUAUAAUCCCUCAAUGUCCUUUUAUUCGUUAAAAGAGAUGCUUAGGAAUCUAAUGAAAAAACCAAUGGAUGACUCAGUUUCAUUGGAUCAGUCAAUUGCUUGGACCUUCCAGAUGCUUGAUCAAAUUAAACAACUCGUCGAAUUGAAUAAUUCAAGUAAUAUUGGUGCUCUGGUAAAUAAUUUUCCAUUGAGAUGGAUUUCUAAGAAACACAGAACGUCUGUCGGCAUACCUGCAUCUGUUUUGACUUUUCAAGCGGAUUUCAAGAGUACUCCAGCAAGUGCUGGUGCACGUAAGAAGAAUCGGAAGCGGAAAACCUUGUCACGGUUGCGGUGAUUACUUGAGUUGACCAGUGUAGGAUUGUCUGUUCCACUGUCCUGAUCAUGGCAAAGAGGAGUUUCUAAUCACUACUUUCUUCAGCUUAAUAUCAUUCUGGUGAAUUGUGAACUCCAUUCCUGCUGGAUUUUUUAACUCCUCUGAGAACUCGAUCACAAUUCCAUCCAGUAAUGACUACCAGACUCUAGACGAGGAUGAAACAGAGGCAAGCAAGCUGCAUAUAGACACACACACACACACACACACACACACACACAUAUCUUGAUCAUGAAAAUUCAUAAAUUCAACAAGAUUGGAUCCCUGAAAUGAUAUUACCUGUCAAAGGUGGUGCCAGAUUUUGGAAGGAUUUCUGAAAUGAUUGCUAUUUAUCUUAUCAUCUUACUCCUUGCGGCUAUAUAUCUUUUUCCUUCAACCUUUGUAAAAUAGGCCAAAGUACAAUUUUUGCUCUGAAAUAAAGAGGAUGGUGAAAAUACAUCUUGCUAUUCAUCGAACAGAAUUAUGAUUUAAAUAUGUACAGGCCAGCUGCUUACAUCAAAAUGGAAGUACACGGAAAA